AUGCUGCGGCCGGUCAAGUUUCUUUGGUCGCUCGUCGUCGCGUCGUGGCCCAUCAUCGUGGCCCACGUGCACGAGAGCCUCCUGCGCCUGCGCCGGUAUGAGUUUGCCGAGAUCAUCUCGGACCUCUCGAGCUUCUCCUUCCGCUGGAUCAUGCGCUGCGUGCAGCUGCUUGUCUUUGCGAUCCUCCUUCUCUCGUCGGCGUCGGCCAUUUACGGCGGCUUUUACUACCUCAUCAUGCCGGCCAAAGUGCUCCAGCGGCCGCUCUUCUUUGACUAUGGCGUGCACAGCGACUUUGCGCAGCUCUCGGCCGAGUCGCCGUACGUGAGCUCCAACCGCGUGCACUUGCCGAUCGCUCAGCUCGAGCUCACCACGGGCGAGAACGGCCGCGACCAGUGGCACUAUGCCGACGCGGUCGAAGUCAGCGAGACCAAGUCGCUGCCGUUGACGCACCUCACAAAGUACGACGUCGUGCUCGACUUUGAGUUUGCCCAGACGCCCGUGAACGAGCACAUUGGCAUGUUUAUGGUGCGCACGCAAGCCCUUGGCGAGGGGAAGACGCCGUUGGCGACGAGCGCACGCCCGACCUUUGUCCGCACGUCGCACUGGCUCGUGGACCUCGUCGCGCAGUUUGUGUGGAUCGUCCCGACGCUAACGCUUGGGUACGACGCGGCGCUGACGCAGCACCGGACGCUCGUGGUCAUGAACGGCUUUGAAGAGCGCCGCGUCCGCGCCGUCGAGGAGAUUUACGUCGAGCUGAGCCACCCGCGCGUGCAGAUCGUGUCGGCCAGCGUAAGCAUCCUCGCGCAGCUCUCGGGCCUCCGCUACCUCAUGUACCACUGGUUUUUGACGACGGCGAUCGUGGCGACGCUCAAUAUCGCGCUCGUCCAGGUCUUUUGGUGCUUUGUCCUGUACUUGUACAUCACGUUCCCGACGCUCCACGGCGUCGACGUCAUCCCGACCGACGACGACCAAGAGCAGUUGUUGCCGGACGAGCCCAAGGAGCACGACUCGGCCGACGACAUGCUCGACGAGGACGAUGAUGAUGGCCCCCAAGUAUACGAGUCGGAGCUUAUUCUGCCGCCGACGCCGAAAGAGAGCGUGCGCCAGCGCCGGGCGCCUCCGACCCAAGUGCCCGUCUCGUAA